CCCACAGUCGAGGCUCUGAAUCCCGAAACUGCAGCCUGUUGCACGGACACAAUUGAAGCACCAUGUCGUGGCUCUUCGGCUGGUGGGGGGGCUCCAGUUCACCGUCGUUGGAGGAGCAGGUAACGGCUGCUGCAGCUGAAGGAGCCGGGGGAGCACCAGGAGGUUCAGGGGGAGGCAGAGCCGGGGACAAGUGGAGCAACUUCGACCCGACUGGGCUGGAGAGAGCUGCAAAAGCUGCAAGGGAACUCGACAAAUCACGACAUGCCAAAGAAGCGCUUAGUUUGGCUCGUAUGCAGGAGCAGACUGUACAGCUGGAGCAUGAGAGUAAAGUUAAAGAAUAUGAGGCGGCUGUGGAGCAGUUGAAGGGCGAGCAGAUACAUCUCCAGGCCGAGGAGAGACGCAAAACACUGGUAGAGGAGACAAAGCAGAACCAGGCAAGGGCACAAUUUCAAGACAAGCUUGCCAGACAGAGGUACGAUGAACAGCUCAGGCAACAGCAAUUUCUCAACGAGGAGAACCUUCGCAAACAAGAGGAGUCGGUCUUGAAGCAGGAGUCCAUGAGAAAAUCUACCAUUCCAACAUGAAAUUGGAAGCUGAGACACAAGAAC